CCAUGGGAUGGCGCUGUAGUAAGCUUAAUCUUGGUUGCUAAGCGAUGAAAAUAUUGGUCCGUUACAUUUAAUACAAAAUUAAUAAAUUACAUUAAAUAGAAGAGAAAUGGCCGAUUCAAGAAUUAAACAGAUAAAGAUUAAAUCUGGUGUAGUGAAGCGGUUAGCAAAAGAAAAAGCAAUGUAUGAAAAAGAAGCUGAGUUACAAAGACUAAAAGUGGAAAAAAUGAAGGAAGAAGGAAAAGAUGAAUAUGAAAUUAAAAAACAGGAAGAAGUAUUACAAGAAUCAGUCAUGAUGGUUCCAGAUUGUCGAAAACGUCUUUUUGCUGCACAUGCUGAUCUUAAAAAUAUUAUUGAUUCAGAAAGUGAUUUAGCUGAAAAUGAAGAUUAUCAAUCAGCUCAGACAAUAUUACAAGAGACAGAAGAAUCUUUAAAAUAAUUGUAAAUUUUUAUUUUAAAUCUGCAAUGCUUGGCAAAAAGAAAUUAAUCCAAAUAAUAUGAAAUAAUGUGAUCAUUUUUUAUAAUUUACAACUUCAAAAUAUAUGUACAUUUUGAUUUAAAAAUAAUAAUUCUUUCAUUAAAUUAAUUUGCUGUAUUUUAAACACUUUAAGACUUAAUAUAGAUUCGAUAAAGCUAUGGCAGCUGUACUGAAAUUAUUGUGAUAUAAACUACAAGUUACUAAUGAUGAUACAUUAAUAAAUUUCACAGAGUUUAAAAUUUUA